CACAUCGCUUCCACGUUUUCCAGUUGAAGCUGAAAUUUACACUGUUUCUUCUCUGACACUGCAUUCUUUUAUUUUCUUCAUAGCCUGUCCAUAUGUCUCAACCUCGUCUCCUCUUCAAAGUGAGCCAAAACAUUGAACUCUUGAACCUUAGGAGGAGUAGAGGACGAGAGCAGGUCGAUAGCUUCUCUUUUGCAAGCGGACCGUCAAACGAAAUUCCGAACCAGGACAUGUCUCUCAAAAAAGGUUGCAUCGAUUUAUCUGGUCAUUCGGAAAGCACCGCCUCAAUCCCUGCCAGCAAAGAAAACUCAAGCCCUAAGGCAGGACCUCAGGGGAUAGAAAAUUCGAAUGCAGCGAGAUACCCCGUCUGGAGAAGCACUAGAACAGCGUCACAGAAAGCAAACUCGGAGAUUGCAAGAAUUCUGGCCCCUAAAGCCAAGAUUUUGAAGAAGUCAGAAUCACAAACUGUUGCUUCCAAACAGCGCACCACGAAGAGGGGAGCCAGGCAAGAUCGAGCUCGAAACGUACCCAAGAGACUAAUGAGUUUGGAGAGCAAAUCCCCCUUCAAGGCACCCACAUUUCCUCGUCCAACCGCCCGAGUGUUGAAGAAGCUUUGCACGCCGAGGAAUGUUUUGGGGCCUCCCAGUCGACCAAGUUCCGCACCUCAAACGCCCAGGCACAGCGUGGGGAACAGGAAGACGAAUAUAAAAACGUCUCUCACCGAAAGGAAGAAAGUAUCGGAAACUCUUCUCAACGUCCUCAGAUCAAUGAUGUAAAAAUUCCGGAACCUGUUCACUCUCAGGCUGAUCAACCAGUGUCUGAUCCUAGUGUAUUGGACCAGAGUGCUAACACACCAAGUAUAUACCCUCUUGACCAGACCAAUGAGCUUGAUAGCUAACAGGGAGCCCGCAAUCUAGACGCUUCACCGAGUAACGAAGAGCCCAACAUAGCCGCAGACAUUCAUCAGUCCGAGCUUCAUAGCGAAGAAGAUGAGCCUUCGAUGCUCUCAACACUUCCGAUCCGGCCAGUGAAGCCU